CUUUGCAUUGCUUAGUUGAGAGUUUUAACUAACUCUUUAAUAAAGGCAUCAACUAAUCAUGUCUACUCUAAGGUUUCUCUCAAUAUUAGUUCUUGUUCUUGUUGCCUUAGACGCAACUAAUGCUCAAGGUCUAAAAUUGGGAUUCUACAAAAAGACAUGUCCUAAUGCAGAAUCCAUAGUUCGUAAGACGACUGCUUCAUUCGUUUCUCAAAAUCCUACUCUCGCCGCUGCGUUAUUGAGGAUGAAUUUCCAUGAUUGUUUCGUCAAGGGAUGCGAUGGUUCAAUUUUAAUAAAUUCUACAAGCAGCAACCAAGCCGAGAAAUCUGCACCUCCUAAUCUAUCCGUUAUCGGGUACGGUGUAAUUGAUGCUGCAAAGGCUGCAGUAGAACAAAAGUGCCCUGGAGUUGUUUCUUGUGCAGACAUUCUAUUAUUGGCAGCUAGAGAUGCAGUAGCCACGAUUAGGGGACCAUACUGGAAGGUACCUACUGGUAGAAGAGACGGACUAGUAUCGACCGCAGCAGAUGCUUUGGCAAAUCUACCCCCAGGAAGCGCCAACAUCACCUCAUUGAAGGCUGCAUUUGCAUCGAAGGGUUUGAGUUCAAAAGACCUUGCGGUCCUAUCAGGUGCGCACACAAUUGGUGUUUCCUUUUGCUCAGCGUUUACAAACAGGCUAUACAAUUUCACCGGUAAAGGAGAUUCAGACCCAACAUUGGACAGCGAGUAUGUUACGAGAUUGAAGAGCAAAUGCAAGCCAAACGAUGCAGUUCAGACAGCUGAGAUGGAUCCAGGGAGUUUCAAAACAUUUGACUCAAGCUACUAUUCGCUUGUUACUAAGAGAAGGGGAUUGUUUGAAUCAGACUCGGCUCUACUUAACGACGCAGUAACUAAGGCUUACGUCAAAAGCCAAGCAACAAAAAGAGGACCAACAUUCUUCAAGGAUUUUGCUAAAUCUAUGGAGAAAAUGAAUGCUAUUGAAAUUCUCACUGGUAAUAAUGGUGAAAUCAGAACGCAUUGUGCUUUUAUCAACUAGUAAUAGCCAGAUUUGGAGUCUUGAAGACAGAUAAAAGUUGAGAUCUGAAUAAGAGACAGAAUCGCUGUCGUAUGAGUAGUUUGCGUUGAUGUAUUCUAUAUUUUGAGUUUGUUUGUAUUAUCAUGAGUAUCAGUAUGUAUUUGUUUUCAUUUUUAUAUGCAGCAACAAUGUAUUUGUUCAAUGGA